AUGACUGUUGGGCAGCCAUUCGACCUCCGCGCACCAAGAAACCGUGUCGCCGAUGUGGGUCAACGCUACGACGGGGCGACAUCUAACAUCCAGCCCUUCCCCGAAGAAGCCUCAACAAACGUGAAUAUUGUUUCGAUGCGAAGCCUUGACAGCAAAUACGUGGCCACUUCCAACUCCACGGAAGAAUGCACGAAACUCUCCAUCUCCAGACCGUCGAGGAGGAUUGAAUUUUCGCCACAAGAGCAGAUAAUGGCGAAGGGUCGUGAGUUUCUGAGUGAAGUGAUCCUGACACCCAGGGUCCGCGAAAUUCGCGCCAUUUGGACAGCUCAUAGACAACCUCAAGUGAUAUGA